AUGUCUUUCAAGACCGCCGUCGCUGCUUCUCUCCUCGCUGCCGCCCAGCUCGUUGCUGGUCACGGUGCCAUCAUCGCCGCUCAGGGUGAGCUCGGUGGCUCCGGCAUGGCUCUCGGCAUCGACCCCAACACUCCUCGCGAUGGCACUCGCCGCGACCCCUUCCAGCAGGACUCCACCCGCUUCAAGGGCGCUGCUGCCGACACCUUCGGUGAGACCGUCGGCGCUGGCAACAACGAUCUCGAGUCUGGCACCAAGGCCAUCAUGGCCAUGACCGGUGACCAGCUUCCCCAGGUCCGUGCCGGUGGCACCAUCGACAUGACCCUCCACCAGGUCAACGGUGACGGUGGCGGCCCCUACGACUGCAUGAUCAACGGCGAUGCCACCGGUGCCUCGUGGACCAACAUCAACGUUAUCACCACUCCCCCGGGCCAGAACUCCCGCAAUCGCCAAGGUGCCAUGACCGACUUCCCCAUGCGGGCUCAGAUCCCUGCCGACCAGACUUGCACUGGUACCGUCGCCGGACAGAACAACGUUUGCUUGGUCCGCUGCCAGAACGCCGCUCGCGCCGGCCCCUUCGGUGGUAUCGUCCCCGUCCAGAUGAACCAGCCCGGCAACACCCCUGCCGCGGCCCGCCGCAACCUUGCCCGCGCCGUCCAGGAGACUGAGAUGGCCUUCAAGCGCAUGAUGAAGCGUGCCACCGAGGCUGAGAUCGAGGAUGAGGAGUAA